AUGUGCUUUAGGACUGUUUUAAUAAUUGCGAUAUGGUAUGAAUUGAAACUAUGUUAGUAUUUAUUAAGGGAUUAGCGAUUGUGUUUUCGAUAUCAUAACAAAACCCGAUACAGAAUAAAGAAUAAUUGAAUAAGACUUAGAAUAUGCAGGAACGAAAAAUUAUGGUUGGGGAGUGUGGACAAAAUAUGAAGCAGGAUAUGGGAGUCCAGAAGAAUUAACUAAAACAAUAUCAACUAUGCAUGUGCUGACUGAGAUGUAUUCAGAGCGAAUAGUGCUAUCCUACUUCAUUGAAUUAGAUAGGGAUAAAUUGAUAUUUACUCACCGACUAUUAAUAUAGCAUGGAGGAGUGAUGUAAAUUAGGGAGCUGAAGGCGGAUACAGCAACAGUUAACAAGAAAUGGGUUUUUUUCUAUUUUUGUUACAAAGAAAAUCUGAAGGCUUACAGUAUGUUUCUUUAUGCAGAGGGUGAUACGUUUCACGUAGGAAUGUCAACAGGGGGACCUUUUGGAGUAGAUGAUUUAAUGAAAGAAUAUUAUUUAGGCUAAAUCAUUAAUGUAAAUACUUAAGAAUAUAAAUAGUUAAUAAAUCCAUUCGAUUCAUCAAUAAAUUACAACUUAAGUGUAUUUAUCGGUUUGAUUAGCGAUAUGGACUUAAGAUAUGGGGACUCCAGUUAUUACGGGGAUAUAGACUCCUUUUUGGCUAGUAUACAAUCAAUAGUUUGCGUAAAGAAGUAUGAGUGUUCUGGAACUAUUAAAACUGUAAAUUUCGAUAAUUUACUAUUUAAUGAUUAAAGUGCUCGUAUAUUAUCAAAAUUGAAAUACGAAAACUAUCGAUUCCUCAUUAGUGGAUGGGUCAAAGUUUCUGCGGUUCCAUUAUAUCAACAGAGGAACUUAGCUCUAUUUAGAAUAACUUUGAAGAGCAAAUACGAAGACAAUCGGUAUUAUGGGGAUCGAGCGUUGUUUUGGCAAUAUUUGCAAAAUGCAGAUUAACCAGACUCAUCAGGAUUGAUUGUGACCACUUAUCAUGAGAAUGAUCCCUAUAUCCCUUAUGAAACCAAUUUUGAUGAUAUGUUGAGUUAUUUGAGUUCGUAUUACAGCAAGGCAAUAACUGAAUGGCAUUGGUUUAUUUAUGAAGAAGGAAGAACUCUAAAUGUUUAUAAUAUCUAGAAUACGAUAUACUGGGGGAAUGGAGGUCGCAACAAAAGAACAGAUGAAAAUCAGUUCUAAAAAACUCACUUGAGUGAGUCAACUCUCUAUAUGACUCUGGGAGGAGAUAAGUACUAUAGUUUCUUUGGUCAGAUCUAAUCGUUUUAGUUUCAAUAUUGUCUUAAUACUGACAAUGAAUAUUUUAUAAGUAAGGAGAGAUUCAUUUCAUAAUAGAAUGUCAUUACAGUUGUGAAAGUUGUUUUGGUCCAGCUGAAAUCCAUUGUAUAACAUGUCCUGAUUAAGAUUCUACAAACAGAGCUUAUAAUCCAAGUCAGAGCAGUUGUGGAUGUAAAUAGUCCUAUGUUGAGAAUGAAGAUAAGCAAUGCAUCAGUAAUGAAUUCCAGUAUCAUUCUUAGAAACCCAAGACUACUUUUAAGAUGUCACUAUACUCGAAGGGGAGAUAGUCAAUUCAAUUGCUUGUGGUUUAGGUUAAUUUUAUGUUUAGUUUGGGUAAGUGACAUAUUGUGCUGAUUGUCCAGGAAAUCGGGAACCAGAUUUUCUUAAUAGAAGGAAAUUGUUUUGUGUUGAUUGUCUCAAUUAAUAGUAUCAUUGGUAAUCAAAUCCCAUUUGCACAUAAGACUAUGAAUAACUGAUUACAAGUUAAACGAGUGCUUAUUAAAAGAAGGCCAGAAUACCUAUAGAUUACGAGUAUUUCCUUAUAAGUUUCAAUUCUGAAAUGAACAAAAUAGAAAUAGAACUAUGUGAAGGUUGUUUGGGAGAGACAAGUGCGAAGUCUAACUAUAUUUUGAAGUAGAAAUUGGAUAAAGAAAUAAAAGUUGAAUGCAAAACUUGUUAUUUUAUUAUUGAUGGAGAAUGUAUUAAUAUUAAUAGCAAUUGUGAUUCUUGUGAUUAAGAUAAGUGUAUAGAAUGCCAAUCAGGUUAUGCACUCUAUUAAAAUGAAUGUUACAAAUGUCCCACACUAUGUCCAAAUGACUGUAUGUUUGAUGGCUCCAAAUUUGGUUGUUUGAAAUGUGACCUCGGCUACUACUUAGAUACUGUGAAUAAUGAAUGUCUCUAAUGCGGAGCCAAUUGCAUGGUAUGCCAACCAGGAAUACCUAUGGACGGGACUUUCGUUUAAAUGAAGUGUUUUAAAUGUACUAAUGACAUGGAGUACUUUAUUGAUGCUGAUCAGAUCAAUUGCAAACCAAAAACUAUGCCUCAUUGCAUAUAUCAAUACCAAGAAUUCUAUUUUCGUCAUUUAUUAUCGAAUGAUACUCACAUGUUUCAUCUUUAAACAAGUUGGGAUUUCAAUUUUUCUAAGCCUUCUGCAGAGAGUAUCCAGAGAUGUGCACUUUGUGAAAAAGGGUAUAUUUAUAGCUUUUAUGAAUAUGGAUGGGGUGUUGACAAGUGCAUGCUAAAGUCAGAAAUAACUGAUGCAGAUAUCCCACACCUUAAUGCUCUUGACAUUGCUCCUGAACCUGAAGAUGAUCAUUUCUAAAUAAUGUUGUAUCAUGAGCAAACACCCAAUAGGGGGUAUUACUUGUAUUUUGUAUUGAUGCUUGGGGAUUACAUGACAGCAACAAUAGAGGGGAAAAUAUACAAUAUUACGGUGAUUACUAAUAUCGAUAGAAAAGUCAAGAAAAGCUUGGAUGUAACACCUUAAAAAGAGAAAGAUCUAUUACAAGAAUGCGCUAAUAAAAAUUGCAGGUAUUGUAUCAAGAAUUAUGUUUGGUUUAUGGAAUAUUGUAUGAGUUGCAAUCAGGGUUAUUAUGCAGACAUGCUCUCUGGUUAAUGUUAUCAAUGCUUGGCUAAGUUACAUUGUCGGACCUGCCAAUAGCAACACAAAGUAUAUAAGGAUGGGUGGAAAUGGGAAAUCAGGCCCUAUUUUCGUUCAAGAACUUGUGCAAACUUUUGCUUUACUAGUUUUAGUAUCAAGUGUGCCAGUACAAAUGCUGAUGACUAUGAAGUCUAUUGCACAGAUUGUGAAGAUGGAUAUGAAAUCUAUUAAGAAAAAUGCAUUCCGAAGUGCAGUUGUUCAAAAUGCAUUGUACAAAAUGGUCAAAAUGUUUGUGUUGAAUGUCCUUCAUCCUUGAUAAAUACCAACUAACCUAUUCAAACCCUAAUCAAUGAUAAAUGCACUGAUUGUCCUGCCAAUUGUGCUUUAUGUAGAGAAUUAAAUGACGAUGAAAUUAAGUUAAUCAACCCUUACUUUAAUCCACAAUAUAGUCAACUUGCCAUCUAUUCCAAAUCCUGUAUCAAAGGGUAUGAACCUGACAAAGUUUUGCUUCAGUAUCAGUAUGUCUAUCGUGAUCCAAUCCUAAGUACUCAGAUCUUAUGCAAACAAUACUAAAAAUGUUACUAAUACUUGGAACAACAAUACACCAUCUAUUGCAGUGCGGAUGAUUUUGAGAAUGAAUUUGAUUAGUCUACUAACAAGAAUACAUUUCUCUACAAGAACAUGGCUUUAUCUCAAUUAUUUUCAUCAACUCAUUUCUCUAUUGAAUCUGAAAAGCUUUUCGAUCAGCUGAAUAAGAAAUCUAUCAAAUCAGCUAAAUAUAUUCUGAAUUUUAGAUACUACAAUGAUGAACCUUGUAUUAUUCCUCCGAAUUCUGUGAUCCUUUCAAAUCUUAGAAAGAAUAUAUUUACUCUCUAAUAGUUAGAAAUUGUUCUCAAUGGAGACAUCACAAAGUAGACCUCCAUUCAAGGCACCUUGCUUCUCCAAGAUUUCUCUAAGAUCACAAUAUAAAAUUUUUAAUUUGUUAAGUCAUCCAAACAAACCUAAAUUGCUAUUACUCAACUUGAUAGAGUCACUGUAAAUCUCGAAAAUAUAGUCAUACAGGAUUCAGAUAAUUAUAAAUUUUAAUUCUAAAUCAAGGAUCCUCAGAUUAUUUCAAUUGACAAGUUUAAAAUUAGUAACUCUAAAAUAGUGGACACUCAAGGUAUUGUAGCCUACUCGUUUAGCUAAUAAAUUACUGAUAGAUUUCAAUUCUAGGCUAGAGACAUCACACUUAUGAAUUCCUAAUUUACUAACACCUAAAUAAUCCUUCAAAUUUUAGAAGACAAUUGCAACAAUCAAAUUCAUGAAAUCACUUAGAUAAAAUCUAUUAAAAAUACUUUCAUUAGAUCCUCACUAUUCGAAACCUACUUUCCCUUGUCACAGAGACAAUCAAGCUUCGUAAUCAAAGAGUUUUCUGUUGAUGGAGACACUCUAACUGACUCUAGUUACGCUAUAUUGCAAGGUGCUCUUGAUGUAUUGCUGUAAGACUUGACUAUUCAAAACAGUGUCACUUAUGAAGGAACUAAACUAUUUCAAUUACCUCUCUUUGUUCUUAAGAACUUCUACUUCCUUUCAAAUAGUCUCCAGGGUGAUGACAAUAGAGUUAUCACAAAUUUAAUAAAUAUUGUGUACUCAGAUUUGGAUUCUAUCACUUCAAACAUUUUGACUUUUGAUAAUAUCAAAUUCGAGAAUAAUUACUAUGUCGGUAGUAAGGGUUUCAUCGAAAUUAUUCAAAGCAGUAACUUUAGAUUGUUGGAACUAUAAAUUACUGACAUUACAUUGAUUAAAAAUGACAUGAUAUUGGAUAAAACAACAGCAUAGGGUGCCAUUACUUUAGAAAACUCUACAAUUUACUUGGAUGUAACAGAAUUACAAUUGAAAAAUGUGCUUAUUAAGAGAAAUCUAAAUCUGCCUGAAUUCACUAUAAAGAAUGCCAAGAAGGUUACCAUAACUUAAUUCACAGGACAGUUGAUUAAAUAAUUUAAUAUACUCCAUCCUUCAAAAUCAUGUCUAUCUUCUGUAGAUGAAGUCAGACAAACAACUAUGUUGUUCUUUUUUAAUAUCCUGAAUAUAGAAAUGUCCAAUCUCAUUUUAUCCAAUCUAGCAUCCAUAAAUUUACCGUUAAUUUUAAUAAAAUCCAUUGAAAAGUAGAAUAAAAGGCAAUAAGAAAACAUCACUCUAUAGAAUUGUUAGUUCACUGAAAAUUUACUGUUAAUUACCAAAACUUCAGAGUAAUAGGGAGUAUUAGCUGUGAUAUCAGAAUAAGAACAAACUAUAAUAUUUUCUAAAAUACUGUCAGAAAGAAAUGUUCAACACAGUUAUAUUGAAGAUAUAGCCUUCAUUUCCUCAUCUACCAUUUUGUUGAUCACUCCAUAUUCAACAGUAGAGAUGAGGAAUUCAUUAUUUUAAAAGAAUAUCGUUACAAAUGGAUAGAACUCUAAUUUGAUUUUGAUGGGCAAAUCAGUUUCAUUACUGGAUACAUAGUUUAUAAAUCAGAAUAAUAUAGAGUUUGAGUCUUUUUCAAAACAUUUAAAUUGGGGAUUCUCAAACACUGAUUAAGUGUACUUGGAAGAUUUGGUGGCUUCAUUUCCAAUCUACUCCAAAGGAGGAGCUGGAUAUAUCAAAGGUUCUGAACUCUUAUUGGAUAACGUAUAUGUAAACAACACUCAAGCAUUAUUUGGAGGAGGGUUCUAUUUGAUACCUUAAUCUUUGGGUUCAUUGAAUUUGAUAAAUUCUUAAUUUUUAAAUUGCAAGACAAUAGCCUCGAAUUCAGAGAGAUCUCAGGGAGGCACUCUAUAUGUUGACUCUUCUUAAUCAUAGUUGGAUCUCUUAAUAAAGAACACUACAGUAACUAAUUCAUUUAGUCGAAAUGAAGGAGGAUGCAUCUAUAUUGAGCCAUCUAGAGUGACUAGUUCAAUCCAAUUUUCAGAUUUUAACAUUUAGAACACUUAUUCCUUGUUGACUCCUUUCUUGAGAAUACCUGUAAGUUUCACAAGUUCUUCUUUAAUACUUAAGAUUUAGUUUUCUAAUGUUCAAAUUACUAAUACUUAUAGUGGCUAUUUUAGUUAUUUAGAGGAAAUUGUUGAUUUGAGACAAACUGAAAUACAGAACCAGUAGAAUAACUAUUUGAUCUCAAUAGAUUAGGGGAAUGUUUCAAUGCAAAAUUGUAUAUAUAAGAAUAUCUUUAAUUAUGGAUUUUUGAAUUGUGAGGGUUGUCAAUCAGUUCUAUUUAAAAAUGUAGAAGUUAAAAAUUUUACAAUGUUAUCAGAAGCAAUAAUGAACAUAAUACUUAAUAAAAGUAGUUAUUUAUUAUAUUACAUUAGAAUAUUAAAGUGCAAUUUAAUUUAACGAGAUUGCAGUGGAGAAUAUUAUAGAAUUUAAUGGUUUUGUUGAUAGUCCAAAGGAGAAGGCAGAGGUUUUUGUGAAUACUGUGUAUAAAUGCAAUUCGAAUUCUGAGGUUCCCAAGACGAUAAAUACUUUUUAUACUGAAUAGAGGAAGAAAAUACUCUCCCUCCAUAAUUUUUAUCAGAUAAUUAAUGGAAAAUAAUCGUUGAUUACUAUUCUGAAGAUAGAUCAAGUCUCUAUUUUGCAUUAUCUAACAUUUUCAAACUUCAAUAUGGAGCAGAAUUAUUGUUCAAGUUGUGAAAAUAGCAUCUUUCAAAUUACUAAUAUUGACAGGGCAGAGUCAAAAAAUUUGAUUUACAUCACAGAUUGUACAUUCAAAAAUAACACUUGUGGUUAAUUUGGCUGUGUUGUCAUAUCAUAGAAGGAUGCAAAAUCUAUUCAAAUACAAAAUUCGAAUCGAAUUUUAGAAUCUGAUUCAGUGAUUGGUAAUAUCAACGCAGAAGUCAAGAUCUUAGAUACUGUUUUCAUAGAGAAUACAGCAACAUAUGGUGGAGCUUUGUUUAUCUCCUAAAUCAAUACCUUAAUAAAUAAUUGUAUUUUUAACCAAAAUGCAGUUACUUAAUCUGGAGGAGCCAUCUAUUAUUAGCAUUCUGAUGGUUCCUCAUUAAAUUUAUAUAAUUCCUUGAUCACAUACAAUAGUGCAAACGUUGGAGGAGGAUUGUACAUGGGGAAGUAUUAGAUGAAUGAUCCAAAGACCUUAAAUAAUUAUCUAAGAAAUAAUAAAGCUAAGAGUUUUGGAGACAAUAUGGCCGACAAUCCUUCUUAAUUGACUGCGCAAGUAGGAGCCUAAUUGUUGUUAACCAAGAGAAUCAUUAACAAUAAUCAAUAAAUUGUAGACUAAAUCUCCUUUAGUAAUUACACCAUAGGUUCAUAGGUUUACAAUUAUAUUAUGGUUCCAAGUGGUCAGGUCAUUUCCUCGUAUAAAUUCUUUGAUGAAAAUUCUUAAAGUUUUAUCAACUACAAUUUCAGUUUAAGAAUCGUCCCUUUGAACAAACAAUAUGACAGAAUCAAAAACCUUACUGGAACUGAGUGCACUAUUAAAAGUCGUGAAAUCUUAGAUUCCAAAGAAGGGGAAUUUAAUUCAAGUCUAAUAAAUUUGAAGAGUGUCACUUUCAACUAAGCUUCUUAAGAUUACAACUUAGAUUCUCUUAUUGUGUAUUUCAAUCCAGAUUAGAAUGAGAAAGGAUAUUUGCAAUUAGAAAUCACUUGCAAUUCAGUGUCAAUUAGUCUGUAUUCGUAAGAUCCUCCUUACAAAUUCUCCUCUUUUCUCACUAAUUAUUCUUUAAGAAUUGACUUAUAAACAUUCCCGUGUUAAAGAGGAGAGUACAAAAAACCAGAUGGCACUUGUGUUUUGUGUGAUGCCCAAUUUGAUCAGUAUAAUAUCUAGGCAGGGGAGUAGUGUUAAAUUAAGAACCAAUUGACUAUGGAUGAAGUGAAUGCAGCAAGAGUCAAAUUAAAACCAUUUUAUUGGAGACCAUAUGAAUACAGUCAUACUAUAGAAUAUUGUUAGAAUUUACCUGAGAAUUGUGUGGGUGGUUGGAAUCCUGGGAAUAAUCUAUGCAUUAGUGCCCAUAUUGGUGCUCUUUGUGAAUAAUGUGACAUUUAUAAUGUAAGAGGAGGUGGGAAGUUCUCUACAAGUGCUCUGUAUAAAUGUGGAAGUUGUGAAAAUAUAGGUGACAACACUAUUAAGAUUGGUCUUAUCAGUUUAUGGACCAUGAUUUCUAUUUUAAUCUCAGUCAAAGGCACUGUUGAUACAGCAAAUAAAAUAGACCAUGAGAAUAAAUUAUCGAAAUUGAGAAUAUCAGCCAAGAAUCCAAAGGCAGGUUUUGGUGGAGUAUUAAUCAAAGUGUUGACCAACUAUCUUCAAAUUGUUGGUGCCAUAUCAACAUUCUAAUUGUAAUUGCCAAGUGUUUUGUAAUCGAGCAUUCGAUCAGUGAGUAAUCCUGUUGAAUCAAUGAGUUUUUCAUUGGAUUGCUUCUUGAUCACCAUAUCAGACAUCAAUAUCAUAUACUUUAGAAUGAUCUGGGCUCUCAUCAUGCCCGUCAUAUACAUUAUCAGCUUUUUAGCUUUAUAUACUGUUGCAGUUGUGAUCAAUAUAACUAAAGCCAACAAGAGUGCAAUAACAACAAGUGCCAUAUAUCUAUUUACAUAUUUAUAGCCUACUCUGUUGGGAGGAUUCAUUUCCUUAUUGUCCUUUAGGAAGAUCUCAGACAUCUAUUGGAUUCAAGGGAAUGUAGCCUACAGAUACGAUACUCAAACCCACUUUAAUUGGAUGAUAACUUUUCUUUUACCUUCUACUCUUUGUCUUUCUCUGGUGAUCCCUAUUUAUAUGUUUUUGAGUUUAUAUCAGAGGAGGGAAAAAUUGGCAGACGGAGAGACCAGAAGAAUUUGGGGUUACUUGUAUAAUGAAUAUUCACAGAAGGCCUAUUUUUGGGAGAUCGUCAAGAUUCUUGAAAAGGGAUUCAUGAUUGUCUUCUUGACUUUUUACGAGGACUUGAUCAUCAUUAAAGCAGCCAUGAUUUUUAUUAUAACCUUCCUCUAUUCAAUAUUGACUAAGAAAUUUAAGCCCUACAAAUUAUAAUAUUUGAAUUUCAUCGAUGAGAUCAGUACAUUAGUUUGUGAAACUUCAAUUGUACUUGGAAUGACUAUCUAUUCAGCUUCAAACUCUGACAAUCAAGAAAUAAUUUGGCCCUUCUACAUCAUUUUGAUAAGCAUCAAUAUAAUCUUUAUCGUCAUCAUCCUUUGGGAAAUCGUACUUGCACAAUUGGAGGACUAACAAGAGAAUAUAGACAAGGUCAGGGAGAAAAUUAAUUAGAAAUACCCAGAGUUAUAAAAAAAGAAUUGGCUUUUUCGUAGAGUACUUACAAACAGAGGAGAACAAUAAAAAAGAGUUAGGGAGAGAUUUUAGAAGAUCAGACAAUAUUUAAUGAAAAUAGUCAGGGCGAAUCCUGGAAGAUAUAGGAUGCCAAGUAGUUAGAUAUUUGAUGUUAUUUCGAAUGAAAAAAUCAAAGAUUAGAAUGUAAUGGGGUAUUAAUAAUAUUAGAACUCUCCUUCUGCUUCAGACAAGAGAGACACUUAAAAUUAUAUUGACAAAAUAAGCAAAGCAAAGGUCUAUCCUGAAUUUAUCAUAAUUGAUAAAGUAGAAUCGUAAGAAUGA